AAGUACUGUCUGCCAGAGUUCCCCACUGUAAAGUUACUAUUUGUCCCUUUCCAUGUUCUAUUCAUUAGUAGUGGGUGGCUAAGUCCAGCCCACACUGGAGAGGGGGAGUGCCAUCUGUUUUUAUUCCUAUCAUUUCAAUUUGUUUAAUCCUCAUGGCUUUACUAUCACCUCACUACUUUUUAGAGAUAUGGUUGUACUGAGCUAGACUUGCCCAAAGUUACUCAGCUAGUAAAUGGCAAAGCUAGAAUUUGAACUUAUAUGUGUCUGGCUUAAAAGGCCAUGUUCUUUCCACUUCAUGUCACUGCCACCAAGUAAAGAGGAUCUCACAGUCUCCAAGGUGGAAGCUCCCUCUCAGCUUGUCUGGACAGUGGUUUUCAAAUCCAUUCUUGGAGUGUGACCCAUUAGUGGGUCAUGAGAAAGGAGCUGUGUCCCAUUCAUCUAUGCAGCCCUGCUCAUGUCCAAAAAAUGUAAGAUGAACAUUGAAGUCUUGGAACCCUGGGAAUGAACCUGGAAAAAUUCAAAAUAUGGUCUAGUCUUAGGCAAGUUUCCUUGUCCGGCUCAGCUGCUGAGACCACAUAUCUGGACCCUCAGUGCCCUGGCAACAGCUCUGUGCAGGCAGGAUGAAGCACAGGCUUAGGUCAAGCAAUCAGCAGUCAAAAUCCACACUCUCACCUACUAGUGGAAUAUCCGCAAUUACUUUGACCAAAAGCCAGAAGCCGGCCAGUUUUAGUGUAGCUGUUACAGCUUUGUGUUCUAAACCUAAGAAAUGGGGACCCCUCACAUGAGAGUGGGGAGGCUUCUGGAUGUGCUACAGAUUCCAUUUCAUUUUCAUGAACUCAAGUGUUAAUUAAUAAAAUCUCAAGCUUCUCCUCCCUCUUUCGCCUCACAUUUCUUCAGAGAAACGAAGAGUUCAAACUCAUAGCCCAAGUGCUCAGGUUUUAAAUUAGACAACUUUGUCCUGACAGGAACCAAGUCACAGCUGUCAUACCUGAUUACUUUUAGAGUUACUACUAAACCCUUUGUAUGGCAUGAGCUGCCACUGUUCAAGGCAAACAGAAAGACUUCACAUUUUAUCAUGACAGCCCUGGAGCUAUCCACCUCCCCAUGUUCAUUAUUCUCAGCCUGUCUUUGGAAGGGAUGAUGAGGCAUCCUGAAAAUCGUAUAGUGAGGAAGGCAGACCCCAUGGCCUGUCACUACAGCCUAGGGAUUUUAAGCCCCUAAAGUGCAGCAAAACCCACUGCCUCCAGGAAGCCAAGGAGAAUUAUUUCUGGAGGACAUAGCUGCCUCAUAGCCUUCUAUGAAUGAACCAUCAUCUUUCAUCAGAGGCAAACAUUGACCCUCAAGUAACCAACCAAUAAGAGCACCUGUACACAAAUGCCCACAGGUGUUGGCUGGGAUUGGCUGGCUUGUGGAUGAUGUCAUAGUUUCCCUCCUCUGACUCAACAAUGCCAUCAGCUCUGAAAAGGCUGACCCCUGACUGCAGCUCUUGCAGACAGAAAAAUUCACUGCAAGUAGAGCACCUUCCAGAUUGCUCCUGGAGUGUGGGGACAACAGUGUCUCCCGUCCGUGUUACUGAAUCCAGAAAAAAGAUGAACCUACGAACAUGGGAAAAGAAAUCCAGCUAAAGCCUAAGGCAAAUGUCUCUUCUUACGUUCACUUUUUGCUGAAUUAUAGAAACAAAUUCAAGGAGCAGCAGCCAAAUACCUAUGUUGGCUUUGAAGAGUUCUCUAGAAAGUGUUCGGAAAAAUGGAGAUCCAUCUCAAAGCAUGAAAAGGCCAAAUAUGAAGCCCUGGCCAAACUCGACAAAGCCCGAUACCAGGAAGAAAUGAUGAAUUACGUUGGCAAGACGAAGAAACGGAGAAAGCGGGAUCCCCAGGCACCCAGACGGCCUCCAUCAUCCUUCCUACUCUUCUGCCAAGACCACUAUGCUCAGCUGAAGAGGGAGAACCCGAACUGGUCGGUGGUGCAGGUGGCCAAGGCCACAGGGAAGAUGUGGUCAGCAGCGACAGACCUGGAGAAGCACCCUUAUGAGCAAAGAGCGGCUCUCCUGAGAGCUAAGUACUUCGAGGAACUUGAACUCUACCGUAAACAACGUAAACAAUGUAAUGCCAGGAAGAAGUACCAAAUGUCAGCUAGAAACCGGUGCAGAGGGAAAAGAGUCAGGCAGAGCUGAUGGAUCCAGUUUGAAAAAAUAAAAUGCCAUUCAACCGUA